UUUGUCUGCUAACUCUACGGCGGUGUCAUAUUCCAGUACUGUUUUAGGGCGAGUUUUUAUUGAGUGCAAUUACCUUCAACUGUGAUUCAUCACUAAGAGAUCAUUUGUCGUCUAUAAGGGAAAAUAUUGAACCAACAAAUGCUAUGAUUAAGUCAACAAUCACCUACAAACGACCAACAAACGAUUUGCAUAAAUAAUAGGAAAAAAUCGAGAUUAAACUAUGGAGGGCCAUUGGCUGGAAUCGUUGAGAGCUAAACUUGUAGACACGAGUACGUCGACACUUCAACAACUAUUGCUGUCAAAAGCAGAAAUUGCGGAUGAAACCAAAAGAAGUCAAGAUCAACAAUUCAAUGAGGACGAAACUAAGAUUAAAGAACUACAGUCAAAAUUGGCUGCUAUGAAAGAAACGCUGCGUAUGGAGGUACAAGCGUUGGAGCACAAAAAUAACGAAUUGUCAAAAGAGAAGGUUUAUUUAGAAGAAUUGCAAGUGGGCAAACAGACGCUCCUGCAAGAGAUGAAACAGUUGGAGGAGAAACGCAACAACUUGAGGUCACCGCGGCCGAAUGUACAUGAUCAGCAAGUGCUGGAGCAAGGAAAAAAAAAGUUGAAAUUGUACAAGGACUUCACUAACAUACAAUGGGAUUAUGCAGCUACGAAGCACGGUAUUAAGGGCUAUGUAUCAAACAAGUGCGAUUACAUCCACCACUUUUGUUAUGAAAAUCAAGAGAUUGAUGACGAGUUAACCAACUCACUGUGGCACGAGAUACACUUGUCUACAAAAGCGAAAUAAGAAACGAGUAUCUUCAACCAAUCAUCCCUCUGAUAUAAAUGUCAUGCUUAAAUGAGAGAGAGAGAGAGAGAGAGAGAGAGAGAGAGAGAGAGAGAGAGAGAGAGAGAGAAGGGGCGAAGAUUAUGUAAUUUUGUUAUUUAAAUAUUCUUAAGGUAGAUAUAGACAUUUUGAUCUAUUUGGACGUGGGCUGGUAUUCAUAAUCUAUUCUUAAUCCAGGACAGAUAUUGUGCGUAUUACACAUAUGUACAAGUUGGACAGAUCUUGACAUUUAUACCGAUAAAAGGGGAGACAGAAGAGAGAAGUAGAUGAAAGAAAGAAACCAUCGACACAUAUACAAUAAAAUGUUUUGCUUCGAGUACAUAUAUGAUUUAAUAAUGCCGUCGGUUAAGCAAUGUCUUGAGAUGCCGAUAUUGCUCUGCGAUUGGUUUAUAUUUUAAGAGCUUUAGUAAAGUGACGGUCUUGUACUUUUAAGACAAUGCUUUAUGUUUUAAGUCUGUGAUUUAAAGAGGGCCUGAGCAAAAUGGCUGUCUUAUACUCUUAAGACAAUGUUUUAAGCCUUGUCUUGAGGUGACGCACAAUAACUGUCUUAUGUCUUAAGAAUACAAGACAGCCAUUCUGCUCAGGCUCCAAGAUUGUACUUGAAACUGUCCUAAAUGUAAGAAUAAACUAGGAAUAUGUAUUGCAUAUUCAGGUUGAACU